UUGGUUUUACUUUUAUCCCAUUGUUACCAACAUUGGGCUUUCACAUUAGUAAAUUCAAUUAUAUCUAAAUUUCUGUUUACUUUUAAUUUCAAAUAUUUUGCAAUAAGAUGGAAUUAAAUUUGCUUCUUGAACGAUUCAAAAGAUUAAUUCAUAAAAUGACUUAAAAUUAAUUUGAUUUAAUUUUAAAAUUUAAUAAUUUAAAUCUAAAAUGAUAAUAAUCCAAAAAGAUUUGAAUCGAGCACGACUUAAUAUUUUUUGUCAAAUCAAAAUAACAAUAUCCGUCUAAUUGCUGCGUCAGUUGGUAGAAAUGGGGUGCCUGUCUGUCUGUCUGUUCUGUCUGGCUGUCAACUGCCCUGCAGAGGAAUUGAAAGGUAACGGGUUAACUCAUCGUGGCGCGCUUAUUGGCUCUAACAACCAAAACCACCCAAACCUCAAAUCAAAAAUAUGUGGUCGCUCUUCAUCUUCUCUUUCUUUAGCUUCUUUCUUCGAUUUUGAUGUUCCACAUCUCAACCACCCCACCUUUCCUUCCAUUUCAUUCCCAGUUUCUUUUUUUUUUUUUUUUUUUUUUUUCUCAUAAUUAUCCACUUUGCAAUUUGAAAUAUUAUAUACAUUAUUGGAAUAUUGAAUUCAAAGCUUCUUUUUAUUUUGAGUGAACUAGAAAUGAGAGCUGCCACUGCAGCAGCAAUGACACCUUCAACCAGUUUCAGCAACAGCCUUAACAGCAGCCCCAACUGGGUGAAAUGGCAACCUUCUCCUUGUCACCGUACCACCUUCCUUAUCCCACGCGCUUCUGCCUCUCCCAACACUGGCAAGGACAACAACAAAAAACCCAAAGCUAAAAAAACUUCUUCUCCAACUCCCUUAACAACUGCAACAACUGAAUCUACUACGCAGGACCAGCAACAACAACAACAGCAACAGCAACAGGUUUCUUUAAGUUUGGACGGCGUGAAUCCUGUGGGUUUGGGACGUAAAUCCAGACAAAUAUUCGACGAGGUUUGGAGGAAGUUUUCUGGGUUGGGGCAGAUAUCAAGGACUACUCGUGCAGAUGAUAGGGAGGCUUUGGAUGCUUUGCUUAUUAGAGAAGGACCCAUGUGUGAAUUUGCCAUUCCUGGUGCUCAAAACACCACUGUCCUUGUUGUUGGUGCCACCAGCCGCAUUGGUCGCAUUGUUGUCCGUAAGCUCAUGCUCAGAGGAUACACCGUCAAGGCUUUGGUGAGGAAGGCAGAUCAAGAGGUGUUGGACAUGCUUCCUAGGUCAGUUGAGAUAGUAAUUGGGGAUGUGGGUGAGCCUUCCUCCCUUCAAGCUGCAGUAGAAGGUUGCAACAAGAUUAUCUAUUGUGCCACUGCUCGGUCCACUAUCACUGGGGAUCUCUAUAGAGUUGAUUAUCAAGGGGUUUUAAACCUUACAAAAGCAUUUCAGGACUACAAUAAUAAACUGGCACAAAUUCGGGCGGGAAAAAGCAGUAAAAGCAAGCUUCUUCUUGCAAAGUUCAAAUCUGAAGAUUCAUUGAAUGGAUGGGAAGUACGUCAAGGUGCUUACUUCCAGGAUGUGAUUGCUUCGAAGUAUGAUGGUGGGAUGGAUGCUAAAUUUGAGUACACUGAGACUGGAGAAGCUGUUUUCUCAGGCUAUGUUUUCACCAGAGGUGGGUAUGUUGAGCUGUCGAAAAGGUUUUCACUUCCUUUAGGUAGCACUCUUGACAGAUAUGAAGGUCUAGUUCUAUCUCUUGGUGGUAAUGGAAGAUCUUAUGUUGUAAUUCUUGAAGCUGGUCCUUCAGCAGAUACAACUCAAAGCAAAUUAUAUUUUGCUAGAAUAAACACAAAAGUAGGAUUUUGUAGGGUAAGAGUGCCAUUUUCAUCAUUCCGUCCCGUGAAACCAGAUGAUCCACCAUUAGAUCCAUUCCUUGUACAUACAUUAACUAUACGCUUUGAGCCACGGAGACAGAGGCCUGUUGAAGGAGCAACAGGUAUGAAGCAAGACCCCCGUAGUUUCAAGCUGAUAUUGGAAUAUAUAAAAGCCUUGCCAACUGGACAGGAAACAGACUUUGUUUUAGUCUCAUGCACAGGAUUAGGAGUCGAUCCGAACCGAAGGGAGCAAGUUUUGAAAGCCAAGAGGGCUGGUGAGGAUUCAUUGAGAAGAUCAGGUCUUGGGUACACGAUAAUUCGCCCUGGUCUCCUAAAGGAGGAACCAGGUGGCCAACGUGCUUUGAUUUUUGAUCAAGGAAACAGGAUUUCUCAGGGCAUUAGUUGUGCUGAUGUAGCUGAUAUCUGCGUGAAAGCAUUGCACGAUUCGACCGCGAGGAAUAAGAGCUUUGAUGUAUGUCAUGAAUAUGUUGCUGAGCAAGGGAGGGAGCUUUAUGAGCUGGUUGCCCAUUUGCCUGACAAAGCAAAUAAUUAUUUGACUCCGGCUUUGUCCGUUUUGGAGAAAAACACUUGAUAAUCAUUUGAGGAUAACUUGUUAUCGUUCUCCGAGUAUUGGCAUCCGAUUGUAACUACAUUACAAAAGAAAAAAGAAUUCCCCCAACUUGAUAACGCCUUGGAAGUCAGCAACAAAACAACUCUUUUCUUGAUAUCGCCCAGAUGAUGAUGGUCAUAUAGGUUAUGCAUAGUCUUUUUCUUUUCUGUAAAUCCACGUGUAGUCCGAUAUAAAAAAUGUGUAUGUAUUUUGGGUAGCAUAUAGUGUAUACGGAGCAAAAGCUCUGGAUAAUGUGGAGUUGUGUAGAUUAUUCUAAUUUGUGGUUCACUGUGAUCCAAAACCUAAUGGAAUUUUACAUGUCAUAUUAAACAUUAUCUACAUAUAUGUAUAUUUAUUUAUAUAUUUUGGAAAGAGAUGC